AUGAGAUUACAAACAGAACUCAACAUAGCUAACAAUGAAAUUAAAAACUUAAACGCAAUAAAUACAGAACUAAAUAAGAAAAAUCAGGAGCAAGAGAAAAUUAUAGAAUUAUACAAAACUAUAAAUGUAGACGAAUUAAAUCCUAGUAAAGUUCUAACUAACUCAUGUAUGUCAACCCCGCUCGGUAAUCAGUCUGAAAAAGUUAAGAGGUAUCACUCUGGCAAAAAAGAAUUUCCAUUGGCAGAAGACUGUAAUAAAAAACACAUUGCUACAAUACCCAUACAUGAGAAUAAAAGGGACUUCACCUCAAGAAACAACAUAAUCGAUACUUCAAAGCCUAUAAAUUAUACAGAGAAGCACACAUUUAACACUAAGCCAAACAUAUGUAUAAUCAGCGGUAUAAGUAACCACAAGCAAAUCUUCAAUAAUAAGAGACAAUAUGAUGGAGCAGAGCGCCGCAUACUAUCACUAUCGCACACCAGGUGGCGACAUAGACCAACUGUCACGUGGGUUGCAGGAGAAGCUAGCUAA